AGUUAUUGAAGGAGAUGCUUCCAGAAGAUAACACGUUACCUAAUCGCAACUAUGAGGCAAAAAAGAUACUAUGUCCAAUGGGUUUGGAGUAUAAGAAGAUACACGCGUGCCCUAAUGAUUGCAUAUUGUAUACAAAUGAUUUUGCUACACUGAAAGUGUGUCCCACAUGUGGAUUGUCGCGGUUCAAAAAGAAAACUGAUGGAAGUAAUGGUGAGGAAGAAAUAGAGGGUCCCCCUGCUAAGGUCUUAUGGUAUUUGCCAAUAAUACCUAGGUUUAAAAGAUUGUUUGCCAUUAAAGAGGAUGCAAAAAACCUCACAUGGCAUGAAAAUGGUAGAAAAUGUGACAACUUUCUUCGACAUCCAGCUGAUUCUCCGCAAUGGAAGAGGAUUGAUGAAACAUUUCCAGAAUUUGGUGCAGAGUCAAGAAACUUGAGAAUUGGUUUAGCUACAGAUGGCAUGAAUCCUUAUGGGAACUUAAGUAGUAAACACAGUUCAUGGCCAGUUUUGUUGGUCAUUUAUAAUUUGCCUCCUUGGCUAUGCAUGAAGAGAAAAUAUAUUAUGUUGUCUAUGAUGAUAUCAGGUCCCCGACAACCAGGAAAUGACAUAGAUGUGUAUCUUAGUCCAUUGAUUGAUGACUUGAAAAUGUUAUGGGACACAGGAGUGGAGGUGUUUGAUGCAUAUCGUGAAGAAAAAUUUACCAUGCGUGCAAUGUUAUUUUGCACAAUAAAUGAUUUUCCAGCAUAUGGUAACUUGAGUGGGUAUAGUGUGAAGGGUCAUUAUGCAUGUCCUAUAUGUGAAGAAAACACAAGUUAUACCCAAUUGAAACAUGGGCAAAAGACUGCGUACACUAGGCAUCGUAAGUUUCUUGUUCGUAGUCAUCCAUACCGUAGAUUGAAGAAAGCAUUCAAUGGAAGUCAAGAGGAUGAAAUUGCCUCGACACCGCGCAAUGGUGAAGAAGUAUAUCAACGGGUGAAGAACAUUAACAUUGUGUUCGGAAAGACGCAAAAGAAGUCAACUGAGAGAAAUAUCUGGAAGAAACGAUCAAUAUUCUUUAAUCUUCCUUACUGGUGCAAGUUAGAUGUUAGACACUGCAUAGAUGUGAUGCAUGUGGAGAAAAAUGUUUGUGAUAGUGUAAUUGGGACAUUGCUAAACAUCAAAGGAAAGACUAAAGAUGGAGUGAAAGCACGACAAGAUUUGGUGGACAUGGGUAUACGUUCUGAGUUGCAUCCUCAGUCUAUUGGAAGACGCACUUACUUGCCUCCAGCUUGUCAUACUCUAUCAAAGAAAGAAAAAAAAAGCUUUUGUGAGUGCUUAAGCAGUGUGAAAGUUCCACAAGGGUACUCCUCAAAUGUUAAGAGUCUGGUGUCUAUGCAAGAUUUGAAGUUGAUUGGUUUAAAGUCUCACGAUUGUCAUGUGUUAAUGCAACAACUUUUGCCUGUGGCUAUUCGUAACAUUUUACCAUCUUCUGUUAGAGUUGCUAUUACUCGAUUGUGUUUAUUCUUCAAUGCCAUUUGCAACAAAGUAAUUGACCCUGUAAAGUUAGAUGAGUUAGAAAAUGAAGCAAUCACAAUCUUGUGUCAAUUGGAAAUGUAUUUUCCACCUUCAUUUUUUGAUAUCAUGGUGCAUUUGAUAGUUCAUUUGGUUAGGGAGAUUCGAUUGUGUGGCCCGGUUUAUCUUAGAUGGAUGUACCCUGUUGAGAGAUACAUGAAGAUCUUAAAAGGAUAUGUCAAGAAUCAAUACCGCCCAGAAGCCUCUAUUGUGGAGAGGUACAUUGCAGAAGAAGCCAUUGAGUUUUGUUCAGGGUACAUGUCGAAAUCAGAACCAAUAGGAAUUCCCAAGACUCGACAUGAUGGGAAACAAUUUGGUAAGGGUACUCGAAGUUUAAAGAUUAGAACUGUGAGUCGAACAGAAGUUGACCAAGCACAUUUGUACAUAUUGAACAACACUGAUGAAGUAAUUCCUUACAUAUCAGAACACAUAGAUGAAAUCAAGAUAGCACACCCUCGGAUGACUGAGAAAUGGGUAUUGAAUGAACAUAACAAGAGUUUUUUAGCUUGGUUUAAGAAAAAGGUUUAUGGUGAGGUUAAUGCUUCUGAUACACUUUUGAGACUCGCGCGUGGGCCUAACAACGAUGUCAUUACAUUUGGUGGGUAUGACAUUAACAAAUAUUGUUUCUAUACAAAAACAGAAGAUGACAAAAGUAGAGUACAAAAUAGUGGGGUUACAAUUCAGGCUGAGGCUGUGCACUUUGCUAGUUCAAAAGAUAAAAAUCCCAUUACAGCAUCCAUGAGUUAUUUCGGAGUCAUAGAAGACAUAUGGGAAAUUGAUUAUGUUACGUUUAGAGUGCCUGUGUUCAAGUGUAAAUGGGUUGAUGGCAAUACAGGUGUGCGGACAGAUGAUUUAGGGUUUACUUUGGUUGAUUUGAAUAAGGUCGGCUAUAAGGAUGAACCUUUUAUUAUGGCAUAUCAAGCAAGACAAAUUUUUUAUGUAAAGGAUCCAUGUAAUGAGAAAUGGUCAGUGGUCCUCGAAGGAAGAACCAUGCAUGGAACUCACGAAGAUGAGUCUCUAGAUAUGCAUGAGACACCGUCUUUUUCAAGCAGAUCAUUUGGUCCUAUUGCGGACAAUGAAGUGGACGAAAUACAUGCUAUUCGAAGUGAUCAUGAUGAAGGAAUAUGGGAAAACAUUCCAACCUAAUAGGAUUAUGGAGGAUUCUGGGUCUGGCAGUGGAAGGAGGGAAG